AUGAUCGGUGCGACGAGGCGCUGGUUCCAGCGCAAUCGCAAAGGUCUUGCAAUCGGGGCUGGGGUGAUAGGAGCUGGCUACUUGGCCGGACAAUAUGUGCUAUCCAAGAUCUCCGAGGCACGGGAACGCAUGAGUAGCGAUCGGAUUGCUCGCGAAAAUCUACGCCGACGAUUCGAACAAAACCAGACCGAUUGCACAUAUACUGUCCUUGCUUUAUUGCCGACCGCCGCCGAGAAUAUUAUUGAUGCUCUUCCAGUUGAGGAAUUGACCAAGGAGCUGCAACAGAAGCGAGCAGAGAGAUUGGCGCGACUAAAUGCAGGUGAGGCAACUGGGUCCGAUCUGAGCUCGGUAUCUCCAAGUCUCUCCAGUUUCCAGAGCGAGGGAUACGUGCACGCAAGCCAGGUCGGGGACUCUUCCCUGAAUUCGGAUGGACAACCUCGGCCCAAACGGAACAAGACGCAGCUGUGGAAUGAAGUCAAGAUUUCCUCUGUUACUCGGUCUUUUACCAUGGUCUACACUCUCUCCUUGCUCACCGUCUUCACUCACAUCCAACUAAACUUGCUCGGUCGUCGGAACUACCUGUCCAGCGUGAUCUCUCUUGCUACACCACCUGCCAACGCCUCGACAAUCAGCCUUGAAGACCACGAUGAUGAACUCACUCAAACAUUAGGUGAUGACUUCGAGACCAACCGACGUUACCUGGCCUUCAGUUGGUGGCUCCUUCACCGCGGAUGGAAAGACCUGAUGGGGAGAGUGCAAACUGCCGUAGAGGAGGUAUUUGGACCUUUGAAUCCACGUGAAGAUAUCAGUCUGGCCAAACUCUCUGAGUUGACCUUACAAAUCCGAAAGAAGGUGGAAGGCAGCACCGAGGAAGAGCGACGAUCUCAGAAAUGGCUUUCUUGCUUGCUUCCCCCGGCAGAGGAAGAGGAACAUGUCUUACGCGAGUCGGGCGUGGAAGGCGUAGCUGACCCGACCUCUUCCCAGACCGCGUCAAAGCUACGACACCUCCUGGAUGAGACAGCGGAUUUGAUCGACUCUCCUUCUUUCUCCCUCGUUCUCACACUUCUUAACAACGAGGGAUUCUCAACGCUCAUUGAUCAAAGAUGUGCUGCCGACGCCUUCAAGGCACCCACCUCUGCGCCAGAGACUGCCCCGCAGUCUUUCGAUUCAAUCGCCACUGUUGUACCCCUGGCUGCCAACUCCGAGCGCAAGACCAAGCUUGCCAAUCUCCUGGCUGUCAUGACUCGCCAGGCACACGUGAUUGGCAAUGGUGCCCACCCACCAAAUGAGUAUCUGACCGCCAUGGACCAGAACGUGCGUGAGCUCGAAGCCUUCUCUGCCGUGGUUUAUAGUUCGAACUUUGACCUGGAGCUUCUCGGUGCCAAGAACAACGUAGUACCGACCAAGGAGACGGAUCUAGUCGAUAGCGAAACUGCUUCAUCGUCUUUCUCCCAGGUGAUAGUUGAGAAGGAAGUUGAAUCUGAUAUAAAGGAGGAAGAGGAUAUCAUUGAGCCACAGCCACGCAGCGUCGUGCCCGAGGGACCAGCCUUGACUGAGCCUGAGCCUGAGCCUUUGGCGGACUCGGCGUUCGAAGAGGCUUGGGGCAAGGCCACGGAUGAGGGCAACGCCUCUUCAACAGAAGAGACUCAGCCAACACAGCAAGGCAAUGAAUAG